GAUACCUCCUCAACCUCCUUCGUCCUCCACCCAUCCUCCUCUUCCUCUCCUCCUCCUCUGGUCUUCCUCUCCAUGCCGGCGGAGGUCUCUCCGCGGGGCUGCCAUGGCGAAGAUGCGGGUGUCGUACGAGUACUCCGAGGCCGAGGACAAGAGCAUCAGGCUGGGGUUGUUCCUGAUCGCCUGCGGGAUCCUCAGCCUCUUCAUCCUGGGCUUCUGCUGGCUCAGCCCGACCCUGCAGAGCCUCCAGAGCAAGCCGGCCAACUGCACGGUGGUGUCGGUGUUGCGUCCGGAGGAGAUGUUUGAGUGUGUGUUUACGUGCGGGACAGACUGCAAGGGGACGUCGCUUUAUCCCUGCCUGCAGAUCUUCGUCAACAACUCGGAGUCAAACUCUGUGGCCCUGCUGCACUUCGAUGAGCAACAGCUGGUCCUCAACCCAAAGUGUUCAUACGUCCCUCCCUGCGAGAGGGACAACCAGAAGAACAAAGACAGUGUUUUGUGGUGGGAGGAUUACUUCACCAAAGAGGUCAGCAGCCAGUCCUUCACCUGCUUCUUCAACCAGCAGAGGAGGCCAGACGACGUGUUGUGGCGCCGUUCCCACGACACCAGCGUCCUGCUGCACUGUGUCCUCUGGCCAAUGGUGUCUCUCCUACUGGGCACGCUCAUCGUGCUCCUCACAGUGUGUGCGCGCUCCCUGGCCGUCCGAGCUGAGGCUCUCCAGAAGAGGAAAUGUUCCUACGAAGUGUGCCAAGACCUGUCCGCCGGGCCCUCUAAUCGGCGCGGCAACAAGGCCGAAGACCCCCUCGCGACAAACUCUGACCCCGAGCUGUCGCCAACAAGGACCCUGCCACUUUUCGCAGUGCCGGUGCGACGCCGCGAUCGAGAACAUUAA